AUGCCCGAAUACGAGGUUGUCGCUGUUGUGGUGGAAGUUGUGGAAGUUGAGUUGUCGCGAAACGACGGAGGAAUCGAUAUACGCGCGCGUAUUCGUGGAAUCGAUUUUGUAUUCCAAUGUAAAGAUUGGGAAAGACCUACAGUCGUUCGAGAGCUAGAUGGGGCUCUCACCCAACCCGAGAAUAGCGGGGCUAUCGGGGUUGUGGUGAUCCCUGACAACUCAAGAUUCUCACUUAAGACGAUCGAAAGGGCGAUUAC